AUGGAUCUUCAGAGGCCUUCCGUGUUCGCCGGUCAGCAGACUUUCUCUCUUUGCAUCCCAUUUAGUAUCAAGCAGCAACAGCUGCAGCUUGACCACUCAGCCCGCGAGAAGUACUUCAAGAGGCAAACCCUCAACUAUACAACUUCAGGCCGGCAAGACAGGCAGAAACCUCCUCCUCUAGAACUCACUGAACAGGAAUGGACAUUUCUUAGCCAAAGUGGUCAAGAAGACCGUGAAAGUCACCAUCUCACGCACGAUGAAAGGAGAACUGCUAAAGCAGCUGCGCGCCGAUCGUACCGACCAACACAAGAGCCUGCAUGGCUGAAGCAUGACCGCCAAGCUCUGCGUUUCUUCGCCUUCUACCAAGAGCCCUUCAGCGGCAAUGCGGUUGAGAAUAGCAGACGGCGGUUCUGCAUCAUUUGUUUUUAUCUAGAGGACGGAACCCUCAGCGUUUAUGAAUCAACCACGGACUACGGUGAAACACGACAAGGACCAAUUCUGAAAAGACACAAGAUGCCGCGAGCAGAUGGAAGCGGUUUUGUUACCUUCACAGAUUUAAAGCUCGGAGCUGAGCUAGAGCUCUACGGCCGUGUUUUUAAGAUUUUGGAUUGCGAUGAAUUCACGCGGUGGUUUUGUAAAAAUGCGGGGCACGAAAUUGGGGAGGCAGUGGAGCUACCUAACGAUACCUUCUUCCAGGCAUUUGUAAUGAAACAAAGGCCUAAUUGUACGCCAUCACCAGCAGUUCUCAGCGAGAUUCGGGCCGCGCGGGCUUUCGCCGAGGCAUCGCGAGGCAACACCUGCACCAAUAAACUGCUUUAUCAGUACCUACAGAACGACCGCAAAGUAUUGGCCUUUCACUGCUACUGGGAAAACCAGCAGAACUUUGGGUGCCGAACCUACUACAAGCUGCACUACUUCCUCAGUGGUCAGAGGGGAAAGUUGCCAAAGAAGCUAGGCGAGCUGAAUUUGUCUGACCACCAGCUGAGUCGAAGCGAAUUCUAUACAUUCAUUCACACCAAACUCAGACGCUCUGACACAUUACUCCUUCGCGUUGUUUUUCCAGGAAAUCCCGCCAGCUACGUGGCCCCCCCAUGCGCUUGCGGCCCCAUCCUAACGAACGUGAGAUUCUCUUUGGAGAAGACGUCAUUCUCAACUUCAAGGCAAGUCCAGCGUUCAAAGAGGAAUAUUGCACAGCCGAAGUUUAAAAAUGUAGCUGCAGCCGCUUGUGCGCAGUUAGCGGAGUUGGUGAGCAACCUAAAAGAGGAUAUUGGCAGAGAAUUCCGGAUUUCGAUUCGCGAGUUAACCGACAAAAUCACCGUCUUUGAAUAUCAGAAACGCAAUUCAGGCCACGCAGGUGGCAAGUUCUUUGAAGCAAACAACCUACAGAACCCUCAAACAGCGAGGAAAUUCACAGCUCAGGAUUUCUUUGUUGGGGCUGAAGUUGUCCUUAAUGGGCACACGUUCAGAAUUACAGCUGCAGAUGAGCGUACAAUGAAGCAUAUGGAAGACCACGUAGACAAAUAUCCCCGCGCAAGUGUGCGCGAGGUUUGCGCCAAGGAGCACGAACUACUAACGCUGAGUCGAGCGGGGGGCGCGAAACGCAAUGGGCGGCCAGCAGCUGGGAAGGAAGAAAGUGCUGUUGAAGGGAGCUGCAUCAACUUGGAUUCACUCCUCCAGGAGCACAAUUGCACAGUAGCGUGUCCUUCGUGA